AUGACGAAUGUGUCGUGGAUGUCAGCAGACUACCCUAUCGACGACUACGACGGGCCUCCUCGAAAUAUCGCAUAUAUCGAUCAGCUAGACUUCAACUCAGAUCUUCAACCCGUGAAUUAUGAGAUCGCCGGCACUCCUGCUUCCUCCAGAGUCCUCAUCCUAGAUGUGGAAAUCCUAGAAGCCACUGGCCGGGAGCCGUACAGAGGGGAUGUCCUCGUUGUAGGCCAGAGAUUCGCCCAUGUUGGCACUGUUCCCAACAAAGAAGCCCUACUGGCAGAGCCCAGUGUGCGUGUUUUCCAUGGAAAAGGCCGUACAUUGAUGCCGGGCUUAGGAGACUCUCACACCCACUUCACAUGGAAUGGAGGUGAUCUAGACCGACUCGGUAAUCUUGGCGUCGAGGAGCAUACACUGCUCACUGCGAGGAGUGCAGAAUGCUUCCUAGAUUCCGGCUACACUAUGUGUUUCGGAGCGGCAUCUGCUAAGAAACGCCUAGAUGUCGUUAUCCGGGACGCGAUCAACGCGGGCGAUAUUCCUGGACCUCGAUUCCUAGCCAAUGGCCAGGAAAUGGCACGAACAGGGGGAGAACUAGUCGGAGGAAUCACUGCCUAUGCGGAUGGCCCCGAGCAAAUGAGAGAAGUUAUCCGUGAACAUAUUGAUAUUGGCGUUGAUCAAGUGAAACUUUCGAUGUCUGGAGAAUCAAUCACGGAGAUCCGAGACGCGGAAGAUUGCUAUUUUACACCUGAAGAGACAGCAGCAUGUGUUGAUGAGGCUCAUAGACAUAAUAAGCGGGUCUGUUCACAUGCUCGAGCUCGAGACUCUGUUCAACAGAGCAUUGAUUUUGGAGUGGAUGUGAUCUAUCAUGCAUCUUAUAUAGAUGAAAAGGGUAUGGAUGCUCUUGAAAAGAGCAGAUCAAAACACGUGGUGGCACCCGCUAUUAAUUGGUUGAUAGCCACACUUCACGACGCCGUCAUGUUCGGAUACUCCACAGAGAAGGCCGAGCAGGUAGGCUACAAGAAGGAGCUUACUGCUGCCGACCGUGCUAUGCGCGAGAUGCAUCGAAGAGGAAUUGUAGUCCUCCCCGGAGGGGAUUAUGGAUUUGCAUGGACGCCACAUGGUACUUAUGCGCGUGAUCUCGCCCAUUUUGUUAAUCGGUUUGGCUUUACACCACAUGAGUCCAUCAUUGCAGCAACCUAUGGUAUGGCGAAGCUAUUCAUGCGCUCCCACGAAAUGGGCCAGAUCAAGGCGGGCAACUAUGCGGACUGUCUUGUAAUUGAUGGGGAUCCACUGAAGGAUAUCUCCAUUCUACAAGACCAUGAUCGGUUGAGUAUAAUUAUGAUCAAUGGCCGUGUUCAUAAGGCAGGAGUCAAGGAGUAUGUGGUUCCAAUGCAGGAUGCAACGGGUGUCCAUUCUAUGACAAAUGAAAUGGUACAAUUGGGGUUACAGCGCCCGAUUCCAUCUUAA